AUGCCACCGCGCAAAUCCACCUCCUCCGUGACCCCGGCGGAGGCGGACGAAACCUCACAGCUGUCUCCAAUCCAGCCCACAGACAAACCCAUUACCGCGACAGAGCAGCAGCUCAAGGCGCGGGCGGAGCUGGGCGUCAGCGUCGAAGACUACCUCCUCCCGCGCUCGCUCACAGUCCGUCUCGCUAAAUCGGUCCUUCCACCUAAUACGACGAUCCAGAAGGAUGCCGUGCUUGCUAUCCAGAAGGCCGCGACGGUGUUCGUGUCUUACCUCUCGUCGCAUGCUAACGAUGCCACCCUGAAACGCACUCUUGCCCCCUCAGAUGUCUUCGCCGCCCUGACAGACCUCGAAUUCGACCAGUUUCGCGGCCGUCUCGAGCAGGAGCUGGAAGCUUACAUGGAGAUCAAGGCCGGGAAGCGCAAGGCAAAGAAGAGCGAUGGCAAUGGUGCAGGCGACGCGUCUGGGACUGGAGAGGGCGAUUCAGGGAUCGUAGCGCCACACGAUGGGGACGAGGAUGUGGAGAUGCUGGAUAAUCCUACUAAGCGGGUGAAGCGCGCUUCCGAGGGUGGUGCUGCUGGAGGGGCCGGGGGUGGCGAAGGGGACGAGACCCAGGAAGAAGAUAUUGAGGAGGAAGAGGAAGAAGACGAACACGAGGACGAAGAAGAAGAGGAAGAGGAGGAGAGCCACCGGGUCGAGGACGACAUUGAUGGGGUGGAGGAUCUAGACAAGGCGCCGAGGCCGAUGGACCCGGAUGCCGAGGAGACAGAAGAUGAGGAUGGGCCUGCUAGUCAGUUGCGCGAUGACAUGGGACUUGGCUAA